ACACCACGUCAGCGUCACAAUAUGGCGGCCCCCGCGAUGCUCCUGCCGCUGGUGGCGGCGGGGCUGGCGCUGUGCGCGGCGCUGCUGUGGUUGCGGGGGCGGCCGGCCGGGCCGGAGCGGGCCCGAGGGCGGGUGUGCGUGGCGGUGCUGGGCGACCUGGGCCGCAGCCCCCGCAUGCAGUACCACGCGCUGGCCCUGGCCCGGCACGGACACGGCGUCACCCUGCUGGGCUUCCUCAGCACAAAGCCACAUAGUGACAUUUUGUGCAAUGAAAAGAUACACAUUGUAUCUAUUUCAGAACUGAAAGUAUUGCAAGUUGGUCCUAAGAUUUUCCAGUAUAUUACAAAAGUUAUUACACAGGCAAUACAACUGUUCUAUACAAUGCUGAAGAUAGAUCGUCCAUCUUAUAUUCUUCUUCAGAAUCCUCCAGGCCUGCCUAGUAUAGCUGUUACCUGGAUGGUUUGCCUUGUACGAAGAAGCAAACUGAUCAUCGAUUGGCACAACUAUGGUUAUACUAUAAUGAGUCUGAUCCAUGGAAAAAAUCACCCUAUAGUACAAAUUGCAGAGUGGUAUGAAAAGCUUUUUGGACGUCUAUCUGACUACAACUUUUGUGUGACUAAUGCAAUGAAAGAAGAUCUACAAAUGAAUUGUAACAUCAAAGCAAUAACCCUCUAUGACAAGCCAGCUUCUUUUUUUAAGGAAACACCAUUAGAAAUCCAGCAUAAAUUGUACAUGAAACUUGCCAAAGACUAUGCUCCAUUUAAAAGAGGAACAGGCUCCAUACAUCCAGAUGUUGAGAAGUCUGCAUUUACAGAACUAGACAUCAGAAAUGGAAAUGUGACACAAGUCAAAGAAAGACCAGCUCUUCUAAUCAGCAGCACCAGUUGGACAGAGGAUGAAGAUUUUUCUAUUCUUUUAAAAGCUUUAGAAGAUUAUGAAGAGUAUGUCAAUGAUGGAAUCAAGCUUCCUUCUUUAGUAUGUGUGAUAACAGGUAAAGGGCCUCUAAAAAAGCACUACAACAGACUGAUAGACAAAAUGCACUUUAAACACAUCCAGAUCUGUACACCGUGGCUAGAAGCUGAGGAUUACCCUGUUCUACUUGGCUCAGCAGAUCUGGGUGUCUGUCUCCACAAAUCAUCUAGUGGUUUGGAUCUGCCUAUGAAGGUGGUGGAUAUGUUUGGCUGUUGUUUACCUGUAUGUGCAGUACAUUUCCAGUGUUUACAUGAACUUGUGAAACAUGAUGAAAAUGGCUUGAUAUUUAGGGACUCGAAUGAACUUGCAGAACAGCUGAAGAUGCUCUUAUUGGAAUUUCCUACAGGUGAAAGUAAACUUUAUAUGUUCAGAAGAAAUCUUCGGUCAUCCAAGCAGCUGCGGUGGGAUGAGAGCUGGGAACAAACUGUGCUUCCUGUGUUUAGGAACAAUUAAUGAUUUCCAAAAAAUGGACAAAAGAAUUUUCACAUAUGAUUUUCACAUUCCCAAGUUUGGUUAUACAUGAUGGAAAUGGUGAAUAAAACCUUUAUAUUUGGUCUUA